AUGGAGAUUUCUAAGUUGAACAAGCAAAUUUACAAAGCUAAUUUUCCACUGUGGGAUGUUCGUCUCGAUGGUUUCUUGGAGGAUCAGUUGCGGGUUUUGAUCGCUCAGUUAGACAAGAAAAUAAAAGUUGCAGAUAGAAAACUUGACAGGUUUAAGGAAAAUCAGAUUUUGAUGGAUGAAUUUGCAACGAGAAUGCUUUACGGUUCUCAAAUCAUGGAGAAUAACAUGAACAGAAGUAACAGUGUCAAGAAUUUUAGCAACUUUCAUCAGCUUUUCUAUGAUGUCAUGCCAUUGCCCGUUAACUGUUUCCUGCCAGGGCAGAGCUCGUAUUUGAUUCCAUCAAAUUCAAACUUGCAGAUUUUCUCUGAUUACCAAACAACGAGUCUGAGUAGAAAAUUAAUGGACAGAAAUAGUAACAGCAGCAACUUAGCUAACUUGCAACUGCAACCGUUCUCUGAUCCGAAGCCAUUGGGUGUUCAACUACCAAUGCAUUCCCAGCAAAUCCAGACUUCUCCAGGGACUUCAACAAGUCCAAGUUUUCUGGAAGAUCUGACAAUGAUGGUCAAUGAUCAGUACACCGGAGUUAUGCAUGAUUUGGAGAGGUUAGAUGCAUGUGGUGAGAGCUUAGCAGGGAUUGGAAGGACUGGAAGGCGUCUUUGUGCACGAAGCUGA